UCCUUGAGAUCCUCUGAGCUCUCGGAAGGGUUGUUUAGGGUUUCUAGGUUCUGCAAAGUACUCCCCUUUUAACGAUCUAACUGUUUUUGGGUUACUUGGAGGAGAAAAAAGACCUGAUUUGAAGCUUCGAGGUGGUGAAAAUCGUUGGGGGUGUUGAAAUUAAGCUACUUUUUCUUUUCUCAGAGAUUUUUUUCCGUUUCCAAAAGUGGGUCACUUUCGGUUUUUAGAUUCCGUGAUUAGCUUCUGUAGCGGCGAUCUAGCUUUCGGGGUCUUACCGAACUGACUCUGAGGAGAUGUCGGACGCUGUAGUUGAUGGGCAUGAUCAAGUUACUGGUCACAUAAUUUCCACCACGAUCGGAGGAAAAAAUGGAGAACCAAAACAGACAAUGAGUUACAUGGCCGAGAGUGUUGUAGGAACAGGAUCAUUCGGGAUAGUUUUCCGGGCAAAGUGUUUGGAAACUGGGGAAACUGUUGCCAUAAAGAAGGUUUUGCAAGACAGGAGAUAUAAGAAUCGAGAACUGCAGUUAAUGCGUGUGAUGGAUCAUCCGAACGUGGUUUCUUUGAAGCAUUGUUUCUUCUCCACCACAAGUAAAGACGAGCUUUUUCUCAAUUUGGUUAUGGAGUAUGUGCCCGAGAGCUUGUAUAGGGUGCUGAAGCACUAUAGCAGCGCAAAUCAAAGAAUGCCGCUUAUCUACGUGAAACUUUAUAUGUAUCAGAUAUUCCGGGGACUUGCAUAUAUCCACAAUGUUGUCAGCGUUUGUCACAGAGAUCUAAAGCCUCAAAAUCUUUUGGUCGAUCCUCUCACUCAUCAGGUCAAGAUCUGUGACUUUGGAAGCGCAAAACAGUUGGUUAAAGGUGAAGCCAACAUUUCUUACAUCUGUUCUCGUUUCUACCGUGCCCCUGAACUUAUAUUUGGCGCCACCGAAUACACAACUUCCAUUGAUAUCUGGUCGGCUGGCUGUGUUCUUGCCGAACUUCUUCUGGGUCAACCACUAUUUCCGGGAGAAAACGCUGUGGAUCAGCUCGUAGAGAUUAUAAAGGUUCUUGGUACACCAACUCGGGAAGAAAUCCGUUGCAUGAACCCAAGCUAUACAGAUUUUAGGUUUCCGCAGAUAAAGGCACAUCCUUGGCACAAGAUUUUUCACAAAAGGAUGCCUCCGGAAGCCAUUGAUCUUGCAUCGAGGUUGCUCCAAUACUCUCCAAGCCUUAGAUGCACAGCUCUUGAAGCGUGUGCUCAUCCAUUCUUUGAUGAACUUCGAGAACCUAAUGCCCGUCUCCCGAAUGGACGGCCUUUCCCUCCUCUCUUCAACUUCAAACAAGAGAUAGCAGGAGCAUCACCUGAGCUGGUCACCAAGUUGAUACCCGACCAUAUCAAGAGACAAUUGGGUCUCAGUUUCUUGCAUCCAACCGGGACAUAAACAAUCCUUCAUCCACCUGGACGCAGGCCAGAGUUCUUUAUAUGAAUAUAUGUAGCAAGAUGAUGAUGUUUGACAAGUGGCAACCCGAUGCUCGCUUAAGAAGCUCCCUCACCAAUCCCAGAAACGUAAAAACUGUCUUGUUCAGACAGGUUAGGCGGUAACACGGCUAUAUCUGCGAAUUCCCCCCACAACACUCUAUCUCUCUCCCUUCUCCUUUUAGCUUAAAAGAGUUAUUGAAGGAAAAAAAAAAAAAGACUUGCCCCUCUGUUUUCUUUCAUCUUUUUAUCUGUAAAUGAUUUAGUCAGAUAUAUAUUAAGCUUAAAGCAGAGGGUCGAGAGAUGAAGUGUUGAUCAGUCUGAAAAUGGUGCUGCUGGGUUUACUUCUCUAUGUUUUUCGCUUUUUUAGCCUUCUUGAACAGUUGUUCCCUGCAAAGCGUUGUUACCAGUUCAUGAGGUGGUUUGUUUAUGACUUUUAUUACUGAGA